UCCUGCAGUCUCUUCAUGCCUUGCUAUAAUUGCAAAUCUACAGCUGUUAUCCUGGGUGUCAGCCUAGGGGAAAGUGCUGUCACUGUUACAUCUGCCCUGGCUGUUUGGCAUAAAUGGUUACUUAAUAAGGCUCUUUCUUUGGAAACAGGAAAGAACCGGAGGCUGAAGCAGGCGAAAGAAGAAGCCCAGGAAGAGAUCGAGCAGUACCGCCUACAGAGGGAGAAGGAGUUUAAAGCCAAGGAAGAAGCUGCUCUUGGGUCUCAUGGCAGCUGCUCCACGGAAAUUGAGAAGGAGACCCAGAUGAAGAUGAGCACAAUCCAGGACAACUUCCAGAAGAACAGGGAGAAAGUGCUGAAUAACCUGCUGAUGUUUGUCUGUGACAUCAAACCAGAAAUCCACAUGAAUUACCGCAUCAACGGGUAGUGGAGGAGGAAUGAAUGGGCCUAUGGAAGUGUUAGCAAUAACAGUGAUGCGUCAGAUGAAGUGUACAGCCUUUAGUUAUGUGAUAGCUCUGUGUGCUUCUUGUAGAGGUGUUAAAUUAUUUCAGUAAGUUGUAGGCCCUCUGUCUUGUUGGAGAGACUCUAGUUUAUUUGGAUUCAGAACUUAUCCAAAGAUUUCAUGGCCAUGUCUCAGAUAAAUAUGCAUUAAGUAUGAUCUAGGUAUUUAAGAGGAGCGUUAACAUGCCAUGCUUCUGGGUGGAUCUUAAGUGGUUUUCCUUGCUUAAAAAAGGGAUGAGACACACAAAAGGGGAAUAGAUGCUGGAUCAGUUUAAAUCUGAGUCUACCUAUUGGAACCUUAAAACAAGGGUUAACUCCAGUAAGAUAAACAUCUGGGUUCGCAGUGCUGGCUAGUAAUCCUCAGGAUCUUGUGAAUUACUGUCUUAAGCAUCUUCCAUAUAGUCUACUGUUCACUUGAAGUCUGGCACUAUAUUUGAAAGUAAAGAAUUUAUUUAACUCUG